CGUCUUUGCCAACUAUCAACAUCAGUCUGAUUGCCACAUCUGACCAGCCGUAGGCUGCUUCUUCCUUUCCUUUUCUUAUUGCAUUUGCUUUGUAUGAGCUGAUUGGGCUCUGUCCUGCUUCCUUACUGUCGCAUUUUCUCUAGAGAUUGCUCUCGAAAGAGAGCUACAGAUUGAGUCUGAGCUUGGAUAUCAUUUCACGGGCGCCCCUACAAGGCGAGUGACAGAAAUGUCCACCCCAAGUGAUCUCCAAGCUCUGUUUGCGAGCAUCAAGCCGCGUCCAUCGCCUUCUCCUGCGGUUCAGGGUGCACACCCAUCGCAAUUCCAGCAACCGCAGGGCUUGCGUCCGCAACCUUACGAUGGACAGAGCUUGCCGCAUCCGCGCACUCAGCAGCAUGGAUAUCACCACCCUUCGGUGUCUUCACCUCUCUACAGUCCCGUGCCUGGCAAUCAUACUCCUCCCCACAAUGGCUCGGAUAUAAUCAGUCCUGUUGCAGCUACACCAAGAAGUCAACAGCAGCAACAGAACGCAGACCGUACAGCUAGUCUUUUGAAUUUGCUCAAGUUCGGACAGAACGCUCCCCAAGGCGCGCAGCAACAAGCUCCUGCGAUGGGUUCUUUUCUAUCUGGUCCUCAGCAGCCCCAGGAAACUGGGCCUGCAGAGCCGCCCAAGAGAGGCCAUACGAGAGCUAUCUCUGCUUCUGACUUGGUGGCGUCGUUCAUGGCAAAGCCGGGACCUGCUCCCGAAACUCCUGCCCCUCCCCCAGAGGCUGGUCCCAGCUUCACUGGGCCUGCAGUCACUGAGGAGAAGCCUGAGACUCCGGCUGCGCCCGCUGAAACCACGCAGGACAUAUUACUCCGAUUGCUCAACCGGCCCAAGCCUUCACAGGGUUCUGAGGGGGGGUCAGUGAAAGAGACCCAGCAGUCACCGGCUGCUUCCACCCCUCUCAGAUCACCGCGCAUUGAGACCCCUCCUGCUGAGGAGACAGCUCAGCCCAGCAAGCCGUCUGAAGAACCAACUCCGGAUAAUAAGGACGCGCGUAUGCACGUCUUUGGUUCAGGUGAAAGCUCUGAAAAUAUUCCUUUUGACGUGCCAAAGCCAUCUGUCCCAAGCAAAGAUACUAUUUUCACCUACGUCAAUCCCUUCGACCAACUCGCUGCUGCCUCUCCCAAGAAGACCACCCCACAGCCGAAGUCUCGUUCUCGCAGUGGAAGCCCUGCCGUUGACUCCAUGAGGUCCAAGAGAGAUACCUCACGUACCAAGGCUAGUCCAGCUACUACUGAGAAUGUUACCGACCAGUCGGCUACUGGUACUGACGAGAACGUGACAAUUCCCGCUCAGAACCAACCUACGGUCUCGGAGGCACUUGGCGAAGUUGCAGAGCAGGUGGAACGGGAGGUUGAGGAUGCUCUUGCCAGAGCUUCCAACGGAGAGCCUCAAGCAAAGAAGGAUAUCGAAGAUGAACCGAAAGCCGCUCUCUCUACGCUUGCCAGUGAACUGCAGGAUGCAGCCAAGGAUGUCAAGGAAGAGGUUGGCACGGAUGCUCUCAAAGAUAGCCUGCCGGAACCUGUUGCGGAAACCGUGCAACAGACGAUCAAUGAGGUAGCUGAUGGCGCGCUCGCUGACAGCUGGGAGAGCGUCGAGGAGAGUCCAGAGAAGGAGGAAGAGCGUGUUGUUGAGGUCUACAACUUCCCUCUCAAGCCGUUCAUCUCUAUCGCUGUCAAACCUCGUGAUAAGAAGCUGGCACGUCUCCGUGACGAUGGUAUCAUGGACGUUGCUCGCCUGAAGAAAGAUUUCGACCAACUCGACCGCUCUCUUACUUCGGCAACAUCGGAGUAUAUCGUCUAUGCGCUAGCUAAGAAUGGAGGAUUGAGAAUAAUUCGUCAGGAUGAUGGAAGCGACAAGCAAAUUUUCCGCUCCACCCGGGACCGCGUCUUCAACGUUGCUCUUUGUACCACUGCGGCGAAUGCGGCUCCCUCAAAGGAGCAGGCCGUUCUCGCAAUUGGGGUGAGUGGCACUGUCUAUUGGUCUACAAUCUCGACAGAGGACAAGGACCUUUUUGAGUUGGAUGCUCUGGAAAGUGAGAGUCUUAUUUUCCCGCCGUAUCCGGCGUCUGACGAGAAUACCUCUGGCGGCCAGCUGAAAACGCGUGCCAAACGGAGCUCUCGUCACCCGGCGCUCUUUGGAAUCGGUCGUGGUAAAAACAUCUAUGUCAUUAAGCCUCGGGCGGCAAUGAUAGCCGAAUAUGGAGUGUCAGGAAACCAGCGUGUUGUGGACACUGAAAAGUUCUUCAAGGAACGCGCUCUGAAGAUCUCUACUGGUAAGGCAGGAAAGGAUUUCGUAUUCAGCGAGGACGAUACCGUCAUAGCGUCUCUCGACAAGACCGGAAGACUCAGAUUCUGGGAUAUCCGUGACAUGCUCGACAGAGAACCUCACGCUGCUGCUCCUGCCGAAGUUCGCGUUCCUCUCAACACGUUCGUCACUGGAUCUCCGGCUGAGAAGUCUUGGCCGACAUCUGUGCUUUUUAUUGAUAAGCUGCGUCCCUACGUCAAGUCCACUGCUCUCCGCUACGUCCUUGUUGGAUUGAAGCAGAACCAUACGUUGCAGCUCUGGGAUAUUGGCCUUGGGAAGGCUGUACAGGAGAUCAACUUCCCUCACGAGAACGAAUCAGAUGCUAUUUGCAGUGUGGCUUACCACCCUCCCUCUGGCAUCAUUGUUGUUGGACAUCCAACCAGGAAUUCGAUCUAUUUCGUUCACUUGUCGGCUCCCCGCUACAAUUUGCAGCCUAUGUCUCAGGCUUCGUUUGUGAAGCGUUCCAACGAAAAGGACGGCCAGUUGCCCAAGCCUGAAUCAACUGCUUGCUUGAGCGGCAUCCGCGAGAUCUCGUUCGCGUCUAAGGGUCAGCUCAGAAGCUUAGAUCUUCUCUCAAUCAACAAGACCCCUGGAACCCCUCGCGGCCCUGAAGAUAACGGGCUGUUCGAGUUGUACGUGAUGCAUUCGCGGGGUGUGACCUGCAUCAAUAUCAAGAAGGAAGACCUUGGCUGGACUAAUGACAACAAAAUCGUUCGUCCAGUGGAUGCUUUGGAGGAAGGCCUCAUUGAGAUAUCAGACCUCCAGACUUUCCCCAGCUACGUCGCGGAUGAGCCUUCAGUUAACGGAGAUGCCACUGCCACCCCUAAGAUCUCCGCCAGGGAUGUCCCUAAGAAGACGGCUGAAGGCCUCCUUGGCGAGCCUACAGCGCCGUCUCGCAACGAGUCCCCUGCUAAGGCUGCGUCCAAGAAGAAGUCUAUUGAAGAAUCUGAGACGACAGCAAAUGGUGUCGAGAAGGCUGAAAAGAAGAAAAGAAAGAAGGCUGCUGCUAGUGAAGCAGCUGGUAAAGUGAAGGAGACCAACACAAAGGUUGCGCCAUCCCAGAUCCUAAGCGAGCCUGGCCUGGAGCGCCGCGCUAUUUCUCCACAGAAAGCAACGAAGGACUCGGGCAUUGUCCAGAGUCCCUUGAACGGUGCUGAACCUGUUAUGUCUCCGGCCACGAUGGCUACUAUUCCAUCUGCAAGCGCUGACUCUGCAACUUCGGGCGGAUCGAUCACUGUCGGCAUCUCUAGUGAUUUCCUCAACAAGGAAAUGAAGAAGCUUGAGAAGACUGUGUCAACCGAGUUCUCAAAGAGCCUUAGGCACGAACUCGAGGAUCUUUACAAGCGUUUCGAUGACGACAAACGUGCGUGGGAUGCGACUGCUACUGCCAAGCAGGACCAGCUGUUGCAGAUUGUCUCGAGCACACUUUCUGACAAGAUCGAAAAGAAUCUUGGACGCAUCAUCUCGAACAGCAUUCAGUCUGAGGUCAUCCCUGCCAUCGUUAACGUCACGUCUGCCACUCUGGGCAAGCAAGUUAACGAGACGCUUGGCCAUGCCAUCCCUCGUGAAGUCCGUCAAGUCCUCCCAGACUCAGUCGCCCGUGCUGUCCAGAAAUUCGACAUCACGAAAGUCGUUUCCGACGUCGUUUCAAAGAAGCUCUCUUCCCAGGUUGAAGGAGAGUUCUCUCGAGCUGUCCAGGGCAGCAUCAAAAAGAUGGGAAGUGAUAUGGAACGCCAGAUGCAAGCCCAGAUGAAGCAUUAUGAGAUCCAGCGUCAGAGCGACUCUGCCAAGAUUGAGCAACUAACCGCGCUUGUCCGGGGCUUGUCUGACACUGUCGCAUCGAUGGCUGCCGCUCAGAACAGUUUCCAGAACGAGAUUCUCAGGCUUAAUCGUCACAUUGCUUCUCGUGACACCGAGGAGAAUAAGCACCGCUCCCGCCAUGUCUCGUCUGCCUACUCCGCUGCUUCAAACGACAUUCCCUCCGCCAGGACUCCGGAGGAGAUCGAGCUGGCUGAAAUUGCGCAGCUCAUGAACGAGGGAAGAUACGAAGAGGGAUCAGUGAAGUGGCUGCAAUCUUCGCAGCAAGCGGACCUGUUCGAUAACCUCUUCGUUCGCUUGAACCCUGCUUACCUGACGGGACUUUCUCCGAUCGUAUCAUUGUCGGUUGGCGUCGCGGUUACAUCUUCGCUGGAGACGAAUCUGCCGGAACGCCUCUCUUGGCUCGAAGUUGUCUUGCAGACUGUCAAUCUUCAUGACCCGGAUAUUCGUGAAGUCGCUCCGAAGAUCAUGGAUAUCCUUAUCCAACGUCUUGAGAGCUUGUACAUGGCGAUUGCGGAGAACGACCCGCACAAUCCUAUUCUACGCAAGAUUCCACCGCUCUCUCGUCGUGCUCGGGAGCUUCGUGGUGCCCACUGAAGCCCUAGGCCGACCUGAGAAGCGGUUGAAUAGUUCCAGAUCCCUAUUUCAGGGGCUGGUUAAAACAUCUUUGGCCUGUAUUUGAUGUGUCACGAUACGGAUGCGAAGACGAGAUUCGGAAAGCU